GCGCCGGAGGAAGCUGUAAUCCGUGGGCUUCCGGGCACACGCUGCGCGGCCGCCACAGGCCGGGGUUCUGGAGCCGCCGCCGAGUCCGGGCGCCCUGAGCAGAACGCGGCCAUGGGGAUCCUGGAGAAGAUCUCCGAGAUCGAGAAGGAGAUCGCUCGGACGCAGAAGAACAAGGCCACCGAAUAUCACCUGGGCUUGCUGAAAGCAAAACUGGCCAAGUAUCGGGCCCAGCUCCUAGAACCGUCCAAAUCGGCCUCAUCCAAAGGAGAGGGCUUCGAUGUCAUGAAGUCGGGCGACGCCCGUGUGGCACUGAUUGGAUUUCCCUCUGUGGGUAAGUCCACCUUCCUGAGUCUAAUGACCUCCACAGCCAGUGAAGCGGCAUCCUAUGAGUUCACAACCCUGACGUGUAUCCCAGGGGUCAUUGAAUACAAAGGAGCCAACAUCCAGCUCUUGGACCUUCCUGGAAUCAUUGAAGGCGCAGCACAAGGGAAAGGCCGUGGCCGGCAGGUGAUUGCUGUGGCACGCACAGCUGACGUCGUCAUCAUGAUGCUGGAUGCCACCAAGGGAGAGGUGCAGAGGUCUCUGCUGGAGAAGGAACUGGAGUCGGUGGGCAUCCGCCUCAACAAGCACAAGCCUAACAUCUACUUCAAGCCCAAGAAAGGCGGUGGCAUCUCCUUUAAUUCGACAGUCACGCUGACCCAGUGCUCAGAAAAGCUGGUGCAGCUGAUCCUGCACGAGUACAAGAUCUUCAAUGCAGAAGUGCUCUUCCGAGAGGAUUGCUCCCCGGACGAGUUCAUCGACGUGAUUGUGGGCAACCGGGUGUACAUGCCCUGCUUGUAUGUUUAUAACAAAAUUGACCAGAUCUCGAUGGAAGAAGUGGAUCGCCUGGCCCGGAAACCCAACAGUGUGGUCAUCAGCUGUGGCAUGAAGCUGAACCUGGACUACUUGCUUGAAAUGCUUUGGGAAUACUUGGCUCUGACCUGCAUCUACACCAAGAAGAGAGGACUGCCACCGCAUCCACCGGUCGCUUGCCAGCCAGUUCAAGUACGCGCUGGUGUGGGGCACCAGCACCAAGUACAGCCCGCAGCGGGUGGGCCUGACCCACACCAUGGAGCACGAAGAUGUCAUCCAGAUUGUGAAGAAGUAGCCUGGGCCGGGCCUGGCCACCCACCUGUCUCCCUGGGGAGUCGGACCCAAUGGGACACACUGAAGCCCAAACAGGAAGAAUACAAAUACAUGUAUUCCGUCCGGGAAGGGUCUCUUAAGUCUGCUUUUUCUAGAAGUUUCUUAAGUAGACAAAUAAUAAAGAGUGUGUGGGACUGAGGGAGAGGGUGGGGGCCUUAGGUUGGGCUGGAGGCAUUUCCUAUGAGACUAGCCCCCUUGGGUGGGGCUUCUGAGUUUGGAUCCCUGGGCCCGCGCCCUACACCUAGCCCUGGUUGGGCACAGAGAGCACGCUGCCCCCUUACUUCCCACUCAGGGUCCCAGAGAUGGUGUUACUGUAGGGGUACUUUGGCUCCUCUGCUCCUGCAGCUUUUCUGGUACCCAAGAAGGAGCCUCCCAGGCAAAAACCCUUCCCCACUUUUGUCCCCCGGCUGCUCAGUGAUGGAAACUAGAGUCGGUGGGUUUAAAGACCCGGUUCAUGGCCUCCACAGCCUGCCAGGUCCUGAAGGGCCACCCCUCCUGGGCAGCCCAGGCCCUGUGCAGACAGCUGGGGGACGUUGGGGUUUGGGGUAUUUUCUCUCUCAGCCCUCUGAUCUCGGCGCUCUGGAAUAAAGGAUGAAGACACUUCCUGUUCA